AACCUUGAUUCUUCACAUAGGCCCUAUUCUUGUUCUCUAUUCAUUUGGAAGAACCCGAGUAUAUUCAGAGCUCAUUAUUGAUAAACCUAUCUCUUAUUUCUAUCGGACUUUUCAAACUUCAUUGAACUAGUAUAUAGCGUUUAUGCAUGUAGUGUGUGAAUGGACUGUCUGGGACUUCCGAUUUUUUCGAGUCAUUUCACCACGAUUUCACUAUCGACGAAGACUCUUGUCGAAUGUGACAGGAAGGGUUUUUAUUGAUCAACGGAAUAAUUUGAUACGUUUAAGGUGUAUUUUUGUCGAACUUUUCAGGAAACCAUCUCAUUCGGACGAUACGUGAAGAGGGUUCGUCAUUAUGGCGGACAGAAUGUACAUGUAUGAAUGGUAUUUUGGUGAAAUAGGCAAGGAACAAGCAGAGAAGCUCCUGGAGGACAAGCGAGUGGGGACGUUCCUCGUACGAGACUCCACAGAAGUUAAAGGAGGCUAUGUCCUCUCUGUAAGAGAAAAAAGUGAAGUGUGUCAUUACCUUAUCACAAAUAGAAAUGGUGAGUUUCAGAUUGGUGACCAGAUUUUCUCAGACCUACCCGAAAUUGUCACCUUUUACCAAAGCCAUUUACUAGAAACAACUUCACUGGUCGAACCGCCGUCUCACAGAAGUUCCCAACCAAAUCAAAGCACCGACCAAGAAGUUACCAGCACUUUAGAACGAUUUAGAGUUAAAUACAACUUCCCUGGUAACGAUCCUGAAGAUUUACCUGCUCGAAAAAACGACAUACUAACGCUUUUAAAACGAGAAGAACAACAAUGGUUUAUGAUGCGCAAUGUUGAGGGGAAAGAAGGAAUGUUCCCUUCUAAUUACCUUGAGUCGUCGCCUGUUGAACCUCAACCCGGUAGUGGGCAAGAAGGACUGUACACUCCUCCUCAGGACGAGACGUUGCCUGAACUUCCAACCAAGCUUUACACCUCUGUUAUACCAUAUGCAAAAGCGAUACAGGAUAGAGCUCCCCUCGAAUACGACCCGUCAGAGCUAAAAUUUACGAAAGGAGACUUCAUUAAAGUGUUGAAACAGAAUAAGGACGGCAUUUGGGAGGGCGAGUUAUCCAACGGCAGGAGAGGCGUUUUCCCUUCCAGUUACGUAGAAAUCCUUCCGCAAGAGGAAGCGGACAAAAUAUUACAAGGACAAAACACCAGUUAAGAGUGAAUGGAGAGUACUCAACAAAUUCCUUCUCUUUCAUAUCAUCAUUCUUGUUGGAAUGACUUGGAGAUUGAUGGAAGACAGGGGCGUCGAUCCAUUUUUCAGAUUUGGGGGGAAAAUCAUGAAUCAAUGUUCCAAAGGCGCUCGAUCACACAAA